AUGUCUAAUAUGGGCGAGAGCAAAGAAUGCCAGCUUCAGACGGACGGCGACGUCGAAAAGAAUGCUAAAGUAGCAACAUCCACACAAACUGAGUAUCCUCCUCUGAAAGUGUCGAUACCAAUUGUACUAUGUGUCUAUAUGGUCGUAUUUCUCUGCGCUCUGGAUCGAACGAUUAUCGGAGUUGCCAUUCCUGCCAUCUCGAACGAGUUCCAAUCCUUUGCAGAUAUCUCCUGGUACGAGUCAGCAUUCUUGUUGACUUCAUGUGUCUUCCAGUUGCCAAUGGGCAAGGUGUACAGAUACUUCAAUGGGAAGUGGACACUUGUUCUGAUGACAACAAUUUUCGAAGUCGGCUCGAUCGUUUGCGCUGCAGCACCCACAUCGAAUGCUCUCAUUGUUGGCCGUGCUCUGGGUGGUAUUGGCCUCGCAGGAACCACGGUUGGUGGACAGCUGGUCAUCACAAAGAUAUUUCCCCUGAAGGACAGACCAAAGUAUCAAGGCUUUAUCGGUGCAGCCUUCGGCAUUGCUUCAAUCAUGGGUCCUCUGGUUGGCGGAGCCUUCACCUCGAAUCUGACUUGGAGGUGGUGCUUCUGGAUCAAUGUUCCACUGGGUGGCGUUGCGCUGGCAGGCUUAGUACUCAUACUUCCGGCCUCACCACCAUUACUCAGGCUCGAAGGCAGCUUCCUCGACAAAGUCAAGAAAUUCGACCCAAUCGGGAAUCUUCUUCUCAUACCUGGCGUGGUAUGCUUGCUAUUGGCAGUACAGUGGGGAGGAGUCGUGUAUGCGUGGUCGAGCGCUCGCGUCAUCGCGCUUAUCGUUCUCGGUCCCGUCUUGAUGAUAGCAUUCGCUGGUACUCAGGUUUGGCUAGGAGAAGAGGCCACAAUCCCUCCUCGCAUCAUUCGGCAAAGAAGUAUAGCAGCCGCCACAGUGGCGACGGCUGGUUUCGGAGGUCCCUUGAUCCUGACCUCAUUCUAUCUUCCGAUAUGGCACCAGGCCAUCAAGGACACAUCCGCAGGCGCUGCAGGUGUCAGAUUGCUGCCAUACUUCCUCUCAACAGUGUUUGCAGUCAUCGCAUCAGGACUUGCAGUGUCAAAGCUCGGAUAUUAUACACCUUUCCUGAUCAUCGGCUCGGCAAUUUCGAUCAUUGGAUCCGGCUUGUUGACGAUGUUCCGUGUCGAUACAUCCAAGGCGGAGUGGGUCACAUUUCCGUUCAUCCUUGGUAUAGGACUCGGCUGCAUCCUCGCACAACCUCAGAAUGCCGCUCAGACCGUGCUGUCAAAUGCCGACAUCCCCACCGGUGUAUCGAUCAUCACAUUCGCGACUUCGAUUAGCGGUGCGGUGUUCGUCGCUGUCGCUCAAACAGUGCUUUCCAAUACCUUGGUGUCAGAAGUCUCCGCACAGCUGCCAGGUUUUGAUGCUUCACAGAUCACCAAGACAGGCGCAACAGACUUGCGCAAAGGCUUGUCAUCACAGCAGCUUCCUGUUGUACUAAGAGCGUACAACAAAGGCAUCGACAACAUCUUCUAUCUGUCACUGGGCCUUGCGUGCAUUGCCUUUAUUGCAUCCUUCUUUGUGGAGUGGAAGAGUGUACGUAAGCCAGAGGACGAAUUGUCAGAGCAAUCACCUGAGGAGGCUGCUGCCGAGCAAGCUGCAAAAGCGGAUGCCAGUGUCAAAAGGACCGAGAGGACUGAUAGCUAG